CUAAAAUGGUCCUCUACAAGUUCCAAUAGUUUGCUUUGUUAUUCUAGAUACAUUAAAAUAUCAAACAAACAAAACCCCCCCUCAUUGCCUUCUCCUUUUAAUCCCCCAUUUCUUUAUUGAUCCAUUAUUCAUCUUCUUAACCUUUUCUUUUCUUCACGUACACAAACAAACACUCACACACCCAUUUUGUUUUGUUUUUAUCUUCCUUCUUCCUCUCUCUCUGUCUGUCUUCUUUAUUGGUUUUUAAUGGAAUCCAUGUCAGGGAAUGAAUGGCUGGAAAGACUAAAUCAGUUUUUCUUCUGCUCCUGUUGUCUGCAAGUCUAGUACACUGACUCCUUACUUAUUCACUCUUUCCUCUUUUCUAUUUUCCUUUGAUUUUUUUCAUUAAUAGUUUGUUGUGUGAGUGUAUCAUUAAAACACUUUCACAUUUUGUUGAGUUUUCCCAUUUCUUUGGAAUUUUCUUUUAUUACUGCUACAAGACCAAAUUUUUACUGCUGCUGGUUAAAGAUUUUUGAUUGAAGUUCCCAAAGAUGACAUAUUUAUGACUUCCUCCUCCUACAUUUUUACUUGCCCAGUAGCCCAUUAUUCUGAUUUUUCACUUUACAGACUUUUCUUUUUCUUUUUCAUUUGUUUUGUUUUUGGAUCAACAACAAUAUCUUCAGUUAUCUGAAAGAGAAAAGAAAAACAAACAGUACUUUGAAAACUUCCUUAGUAUAUUGGCUUGUUUGUUUCUCACUUUAUGUAUUUAAACAUGGCUUUACCUGUUUCUUGCUUGAUUCCUUGCUAGUAGUCUAUUGCUAUUGGUUGUUCAAGUUGAGUCAUUUUUGAGUGAUCAGAGCAAGAGCAAGAAGGUGACUGACUAACAAGGAGAAGAAGAAGUAGGCAGAGGAAAGAAAAGAAGAGGGUUUUAUUUAUGGACUGGGAAUUCAAAGGAACAUCGUGGGGUUUUGGAGAAUUUCAGAGAGAUUGUAGUGAACACAGCAAUUUCACUGCUUCUACUAAUACUAAUUCUGCUAGUGCUAUCAACACUCUUGCUGGGUCAUCAAGUAGUGGAGGAGAUAAUAAUAAUCUAAAGCAGAAGAAUAGAAGUAGAGAUAAUAAUAAUUGUUCAGUUGAUUUGAAGUUGGGUAGAUUAGCUGAUUUUGGAGAAGUAUAUGCAAUGAAUCAUAAUAAGUGGAAGGAUCCAAGGUUAACAAUGUUCUCAACAUCAUCUUCAUCAGCAGCAGCAGCUACAGCUUUAUCAUCAGUGAAGAGAGCUAGAAGUUCUUCUUCAAGUAAUGGUGUUCAAGUUCCAUCUUGUUUGGUUGAUGGGUGUAAUGCUGACCUUAGUAAAUGUAGAGAGUAUCAUAGGCGUCAUAAGGUUUGCGAAGCUCAUUCUAAAACUCCUAAAGUCUUGGUUGCUGGUCAAGAACAAAGGUUUUGCCAACAGUGCAGCAGGUUCCAUUUUUUGGUGGAGUUUGAUGAGGUAAAAAGAAGCUGCAGGAAACGUCUUGAUGGGCACAACAGACGUCGGAGGAAGCCUCAGCCUGAUCCCUUGUCGGCAAACUCAGUAAAUCUGUUCUCUUACCAUCAAGGUACCAGAAUAUUACCCUUUGCUAAUCCGCAAGUAUUUCCAUCAACUACGGUGACAAGUCCUAGUUGGCACGCAGUAGUAAAAACGGAGGAAGAAAUAAUAACCGACAGCAACCACCUGCAGUCGCACUAUGCCAACAGGCAAAACAUGUUCCCUGGAUCGUUCUCCCGCACUAACAAAGAAGGGAAGCAAUUCCCAUUUCUGCAGGCUAACGAGCAUGGCAACCGAAUGGUCCCCGAAGUUUCAUCCUGCCAGCCGCUAAUCAACAACGUAGCAGCAUGUUCAGAAAACAUUAGUAGUAAUAGUAGAAAGUUGUUCUCUGACGGGUUAACUCGAAUACUCGAUUCUGAUUGUGCUCUCUCUCUUCUGUCAUCACCCCCGUCUCAGCAACGUUCUGGGAGCAGUCUGAGCCAUGUGGUGCAAUCUGACUCGAUCCCCAUGUCUCAGCCAUUAGUACCUGACCUGGAGCAGUAUAACCAACAAGGCCUAAGCAGGUACCACCAAUCACGGCAGGGAAUGGGUGGUGAGACCAUCGGUUCAGUUUUAGUUUCUCAUGCCACCGACGCCGAGCUAAAUUGCCAAGGUCUGUUUCAUAUGGGUCCUAAUGGCAAUGGGUCAUCCCAAAAUGGAAUUCCUUUCUCUUGGGAGUAGGUUAGUCAAGGUAAUAAUAAUCCUUACUCUUUACUAUGCUCUUCCUGUGAUUUAGAUUUGUAUUAAUGGUCUUCAAAGAGAUUUUCUUUGCUCUCCGCAACUGUAGAAGAUUGGAGCUCCUAAAUGUUUAUGCCUUAGUAUAUAUACCAUAUAUUUAAUUUUAUGUUUUUUUCAACUUUUUAGUCUCAGUUUGUGUAUGCGGCUUGAUUUCUAGUAUCAAACCCAAUAAGAUUACGUGUAAGUAGGAGUAAAUUGUUAAUGUGAUAUUGGCACGGCUCAAUCAAUAAAAGCAUCCAACUCAUUGGGAGCUUUGAUCUCAUUGAGCCGUCCCAACAUCUCAUUUAGUGAAAAAAUACCUCCAUUAUAUCUAGCGUGCCUCCUCAACGAGUAUAUAAAUGGUACAUACCGGCGAAUUACAUGCUCUAGCAGUGUGCUAGUUGCUAGCCAAAUUUGAAGAGGAACAUACGAAAUGAUAUGUAAUGUAAAACUUGUAAGGAAGAAUGCUAACCACAGGGGCGUCAAGCAAUUGAUUACAGAUGUAAAAACUAUGUUAUUCAACUGGGUUCGAAAUACGGAUACUUUUGCUGAUUAUUCUUUA